CAUGCCUUUAACGUCAAACGAAACGAAAGGCCCGCCCAAGGCGAACGAAAAUUGUAGAAUAAACAAAGAUUGUUAAUUGUUGCGCAGUGAAGCGAACUGUGUUUACGAUCUUUUUGUCAGGUUAAACCAUGGCUACGUUAGACGAUAAGUUACUCGGCGAGAAGCUUCAUAAUUAUUGCAGUAGUAGCGAAGGUGAAGAUUCGGAUGCCGAUGAAAGAAGCGGUGAUGAAGAAGGGGAACCUUCACAUAAGUCAGCUGAACCAGCAAAUGAACCUCCACCUGUUAAUAGCUGGAAUGGAUCUGCUAGCAAUACUGGCCCUAAGGGUGUUUUGGAAGAUUGGCGGAGAUAUAAACAAUUAGAAGCCGAAAACCGCAAGGAAAUGGAAAUCGAGCGUAUAGCACUCGCGAAAAAACUAACAUUAUCUGUAAAAACUGAGAGAGAAGAGCAACAGGCUAAAGAAAGAGAAGAGAUGGAAGAUGAACUAAAUGAACUUUUAGAUGAAGAAUUCUUGAUGAAAUAUCACCAACAACGGAUGCAAGAAUUAAUGUCUCAAUUACAAAAAUGUCCCAAGUUUGGUAAAGUAAUAACAUUAGAUAAUAAGGAUGAGUUUUUAAAUGCCAUUGAUAAAGAAGAUGCCAAAGUUACAGUUAUUGUUCAUAUUUAUAAUCGGAAAGCAAAAGCUUGUGCCACUAUGGAUGGUUGCUUGAAUGUGUUAGCAGAAGAUUAUCCUGCAAUUAAGUUUUGUCGUAUAGAAGCAGAUGUAGCGGGAUUAAGUAAACAUUUUCGUGUUGAUGGAGUUCCCGCUCUUUUAGUAUAUAAAGGUGGUCAGAUUGUGGGAAACUUUGUUCAACUGGCAACUGAACUUGGCAAUGAUUUCUAUGCCACUGAUGUACAAAGAUUCCUUGUAGAAUAUGGAUUGCUUCCUGAAAAUUAAUGUAUUACUAGAAUUAAAGUGUCUGCAUUUUC